AGAGCGAGAUACACCAACCCUAGACUCUUAGCCCGCCACAUGCCGUCAUCGCCGCAGCUGCCAAGUGCCCAGAUACACAUCGAAGAUCAGAGAGCCAACGGAUGUCUGUAUCAACAACGUCGACGAUAUUUUUACCUCUCAUGCUCCCACUCUCCCACUCUCCUUCGACCACCAGCACACCGUGCGGACAUGUACGUCGACGAUCCGCGCUUCAAUCCCGCAGCUAGAGAAGACGGGCCAAUUCAACCUCUAAGUGAUGACGAAAUCGACCGGUUCGUCAGCGACAUAAACAAGAACAACGAUGAAGCGAUCAGCUACUCUGAGCUCGAGACGAUGCUCGACAACGUAGCUCGUGAGCUCAACCCCGCGCUCGACGAUGACAAGGCCGAGACGUCAUCUCGUCACCUUUUUCUGCGUCAACUCCUUGGAACAGAGGUCGACGAGAUCCCCGUUGCCGAGUUCAAGAAGCGCGUCAAAAGCUGGCGCAUCCCAUCACUCAAGCAGGAGACUGAUGACGACACGGACCAGGACGAUUACAUCAAGAAGAUGGGCGCCGUUCGCCGUCUUCAGAGCUACUGGGCAGUUCACGGCCCAAUGAUCCUGUUCUGCUGCAUAGUAGGCAGCAUGAUGCUUGCAUUUGGCGUCUGGCAACUCGUCAAGUACCUCGGUCCUGCAUACCGUGGGGCGCUGGGAUGGGGCGUCGUUGUUGCCAAGACCUGUGCAGGUUUACUCUACCCUACACUCUUCUUCUUACUGCUCUCCAUGGCCCGCUAUCUGUCGACGAUGCUCCGCAUGUCUUACAGCAUCUCGCGCUUCGUUAACUUCGAUCUUUCGCAGAACUUCCACAUUUACAUGGCGGUACUGGCGACUUUUCUUGGGACCGUUCACGGUAUUGCACACCUAACAGGUGACUUCAUCUGGAUUGCCAACUCCUACCGCCCUGAGCAGCUGCAAGCGCUGCUCGGUGAUGGCGCCAGCUGGGGCUAUCGCGACCUCAUCAAGUCGCGAGCCGGCCUCACAGGCAUCAUUGCGCUGGCUUCCUUCUGGACCAUCGGCCUCCUGUCACUACCGUGGGUUCGUCGCAAAAGCUAUGAGGUGUUCCAGUUGGGACACCUGCUGAUGUACCCGAUCAUCGGCUGCUUGAUGGCACAUGGGACGCAGGCCAUCUUGCAGUGGCCAAUGCUCGGUUACUUUCUUGCUUUUCCAACCUUGCUCGUCCUUACGGAGAGGGCCACUCGCUUGGUCCGCGGCUUCCUUCCAAUCAAGGCGACCAUUCGCAUUCUCGACUCAGAGACGGUAUCCAUCAAGGCCGAAAUACCCCAGUCUCGCCUGUUCCCGUACCAACCGGGCCACUAUAUCUUCCUCCAGGUGCCCAAGAUCAGCCGUUGGCAAUGGCACCCUUUCACUGUCAGCACAUGUUUGGAACGUGAGAUUCAGCUGCACAUCAAAACGGACGGCAACUGGACCAAAAACCUGCGUGCUCUGGCGACUGAGGAUGAGAAGCCGGUGUCGAUCACUAUCGGCGUGGACGGGCCUUUCGGAGCUCCGGCUCAGCGGUUUUACGACUUUUCGCACACAAUCCUGGUUGGCUCUGGUAUCGGCGUGACGCCGUUUGCGGGGAUCCUGGCCGAUCUCCAGAGCCACGAGGAUGCACAGCGAGGAGGUCCCGAUGAGCAGUCACUCAACGAGAAGCUGCCGCACCCCGCUCCAACGAGCGACAAGCCUUUGCGCCCUCAUGGACCACGGAGUGACAGCACGGAUGGAAGCGCACAGGGGAGCGAGACUGUCACUCCCCGCGGACGGUCGCGCUCCCUUCGGCGAGCGUCGUUCCCUCUGAGUCGCAUCGGCUCUCGUCGCAGCUCCAGGCAGCGCAACGCAGCACCCGACGAGUUCCCCGCCGAUUAUCGCCGUGUCGACGUUCAUUGGGUUGCCCGGAGUCGGCAGCAUCUGGCGUGGUUCGCUGAGCUACUCAACAAUGUGCAGCGCUCGCAAGACUGGCACGCUAAACACGACGGUCUGGGGAACCCACACCUGGACAUCCGGAUCAAGACGCAUGUCUCAAUGAAGCGCCCAAACAUCAGCACACACGUUUUCCGCUGGCUCCUCGAGCUGCACAGAACCGACGAUCAUCCGAACUCGCCGCUCACGGGGCUGGUCAACCCCACACAUUACGGUCGACCAAAUUUUGUGCAAAUCCUCGACGAGCACUAUGAGGACAUGAAAAAGUACCACGGACAGUACGGAUAUGAUGUCAACAACGAUGGUAAAACAGACCGUUUCAAAGUUGGCGUCUUCUUCUGCGGCGCUCCGGUCGUUGGCGAGGUCCUCGCCGAUCGCUGUCGCGCUUUGACGGCCCGCGGACGCGCCGAAAACACGCUCAUCGAGUACUACUUCAUGAUGGAGGUUUUUGGGUAGGGAUUCUGCAUGCAUAUUAUAAGAUCCAU